ACAGCAACCGGUUAUGUACGGAGACGUCAAGGCAUGAUUCGCUCGAAAUGAUGACUCGGGAGCUGGGCCACGUGACUCAUUCGGGAAGCGUUUUGAACUUUAGGGUACAUCUUGUGUUUUGGCUUCCAUCAGUUAUUUGCGAGGGUUUAAAAGAUGGAAGCAGUGUUUUCCGCUGUUCGGGGAGUGCUUUGUCUUGAUCAGUUCUUUUAGAGACUGCGUCGGGUGACGCUCGACGGCGGCGUCCAGAAUUUGGCCCUUUGCGACCCCCGUGGAGAUUUGGUCCAUAACGUCAAAUCAGCGAAAGUCAUUUCUUGUAUUUUGAUGACACGCAAAGAUAAUGUGUGCGCUUUUAUGGAAGACGAUAGAAAUCUGAGAUAUGAUGACGAGUUGGAUAAUCAAUGAACGUGGCCCAGAGCUAAAGGCCACUGUCAAGCGUGCGCGUCACUUUUGAGUGGCCUUUUACUGCGGGCGGCGCAGCUGUCCAAUGCCAAAGGCGGGCGAAGACUGCACCGGUCGACCACGUGCGACCGUCCGCCCUCAGGUCGCCGUCGCCGACUCCAACGGGCGAUCGGUUGCGAGGCGGCGACGUGUCCGCCUGGCCCUGAGUGCCGGUGGGAAAUCUGUCUUGGGCGGCGUGGGGGAAGCUCGAUUUCAUCGAGUGUGAGCGCCUCGUGAUGCUAACGACUUGAGAAAUUGGGCUCCGUUUGCACAUUUUCCCAUCGGGUUGCGCUCACGUUUGUUGCCAGAGGCCACCCACGAUCGCCACGUCCCUUGCGUUCGCGUUCGGGUCCGAGCGAGAUGAGCGCAUUUGAAAAUGAACCCCGACGGUCGGGUCGCGGUUGUCGCAGGUUCAGAGGCCGCGGCGCCCUCUGCAGGACACCGCGUGAAGUGCGCAUCCAUCGCCAAAGCGCGACCUUUGAUUUGACGGAAUGUUGAAAUGUGCGCAUGCGCAAGGGCGGCGGUGGCGAUCGCUCAAGUCGACGUGACGAGCGCCGCGGACCGACUUCUUGUGGGCUUUCUUGGCCAGGGCGACUCAGUGUGGUUCGGGUCCCCGCGGGGGCGCCAGUGAGCCCGACCUCCGUCAUGGCGCCGACGUACCUGGACCGCGUGGUCUCGGAGAUCAUCGAGACGGAGAGGACGUACGUCAGAGACCUGCGGAUGAUUGUGGAGGACUACCUGGCGCACAUCAUCGAUCGGGCGGACCUGAGCGUCCGUCCGGAGCAGGUCUGCUUCCUCUUCGGGAACAUCGAGGACAUUUACGAAUUCAACAGCGAGCUGCUUCAGGAUCUGGACCUGUGCCAGCGGGACGCCGUGGCCGUGGCCAGGUGCUUCGUCACGAAGAGCGAGUACUUUGACAUCUACACUCAGUAUUGCACCAAUUACCCAAACUCGGUGGCGGCGCUGACCGACUGCUCGCAGGACCAAAGCCUUGCCGUCUUCCUGCGGGAGCGCCAGGCCGCCUCCGAGCGACCGCUGCCGUUGGGCUCGUACCUGCUCAAACCCGUCCAGAGGAUCCUCAAGUACCACCUGCUGCUCCAGGUGGGGCCCGUUGGCUUCCUUCGAGCAAGGAGAACAACCGGCUGCUCCAUUUUUUGUGAUGUGCAGGAAAUCGCCAAGCACUUUGACCCCGAGGAGGAAGGCUACGAGGUGGUGGAGGAGGCCAUCGUCACCAUGACCAGCGUGGCCUGGUACAUCAACGACAUGAAGCGCAAGCACGAGCACGCCGUCAGGCUGCAGGAGGUUCAGUCGCUGCUGCUGAACUGGAAAGGUCCGGACCUGACCACGUACGGCGAGCUGGUCCUGGAGGGCGCCUUCAAGGUCCACCGGGCCAAACACGAGCGGACGCUCUUCCUGUUGGAGCGCGUGCUGCUCAUCACCAAACGCCGCGGCGAGCACUACGUCUACAAGGAGCACAUUUCGUGCUCCGCGCUGAUGCUGAUCGAGAGCGCCAAAGACAGUUUGAGCUUCAGCGUGACUCACUACAAGCAACCCAAGCAGCCGCACACCUUGCAGGCCAAAUCCGCGGACGAGAAGAAGAUGUGGGCCCAACACAUCAAACGCAUCAUUCUGGAAAACCACCACGACAUCAUCCCGCAGAAGGCCAAGGACACCAUCUUCAAUUCCAGAUAUCCUUCCGGGCAUCGCUACUGCCCGGAGAAGCUCAACAAAGUUCCGUCCUGUUGGAGCGGCCAGGUUCCACGUCGACGCUCGGCAGACGUGAUGGAGAGAAUUGAGUUGAGUGCCAAAGGGCAACCGGGCGUGGCCGCCAAGGAGACGGAGAGAAGCGACGAGGAGUCCGAUGGAGAAAGUGGGCUCGCUGAGGGGGAGGAGCCUGCAGGACCCCAGGCAGCUCGCGAACAAGUCAGUCCGUGUCCACCUUGGGACGAGCGACCGCCAACGUCGGAGACGUCCACAGAAGAGGAAGCUCCGGCCUCUCGACUUCCUCGAGAGUCCCGCCCAUUGUCUGAGCAAGCCGGGUCAGAGGGCCCGACAGCUGCCCGAGUCUCGGUGUUGCCCGCCAGCCCAGAGUCGGAAUCCAAACCCGGAAGUAGCGGAGAAUCUUCUGAAGACGAGGACAGCGAGAAGGAAGAGGACGGAAACGGCAGCAUUCUCCCUCCGUCCGUCCUGGACAAGGCGGGCGCGAUCGCACACUUUGGCAGCACGAAGCAAGGCGUUCCGGGCCAGGAUGACGUCUGGUCUCCGGGAGCUUCGCCACGGUUACCCGUCGGCACCAGAGCUCACCUCGCUUUUAGCGCUAAGCACGCCGGAGACGGAGACGGACUUGGACCCGGACGGUCUUCGCCGCUCGACAGCGUGGCCUCGGAUCUGAGCCAAGCCGACCGUACGCUCCUGUCUCCUCGCUUUGACGAGGAAAGCGGUGUUCUGCCGCCGAGGCGAGACUCGACCCUUUCCAGUCGGGACCAACUUCUCAUCGGGAAGAUCAAGAUGUACUACGAGAACGCCGAGAACCAGGCAGGCGGCUUGGGACUCCGGCGUAGGGAGAGUCUGACGUACAUCCCCGCAGGCCUCGUGAAGACUUCGGUCACCCGCCUCAACAGCAUCCCCGCCCGGAGCGAGCCCCUGCCUCCGGCUCUGGACUCGAGUUCACUUCUGGCAAAUUCCAAAGUUACCAUGGGCUCCGGUGACGCUUUAGAUGGUCAGAGAAGUGCAAAUCCCCCAACUUCUGGGUUCUCCCAGUCCAGGCUGCAAAGGCAACCGAACGCCGAGGACGAAGACUUCAGACCGUCCAGCGAAAUGGUCGAGGUCUGGCAAACGAUGGAAAAACAACUCGCCGGGACUCCCCGCCUUUCCGAAAGACUUCCAAAGGAGGGAGCUCAGUCGGACCCGGACUUUGUCUCACGGGAGACCGCCGCCGCCUGGCCCCUCGGACACAAAGCCAACAACGUGACCCAGGCGGCACGCUCGACGGUUCCUCCCGGUGUUCUCGGAGCUCAACUUCCUCAAGGCGCCCGACUCGGAACACAAACCGUAGACGAGGACGCGAGUCUGACGGACGAGCGAGCGGACAGCAAGGUCCGCCGCCUGGCUCGCCGGUACAGCCAGCGCAUCAAAAGCGUCACGCCCCUUGUCAACCUGCCGGCCAAGCGGCCCUUGGACUGUGUGCCGGAGGAAAGCCCAGACGGCGGUCCCGGUCCAACUCUGUCAGCCGGACCCGUGGAUCCGGAGCCGCCGCGGAGUCCCGAGCCCGCCGGCCUCUCUCCCGGUCACGCCGGCGCUCGCAGUCCCGCCAGGGCCAUCUGCGCACCUCAGUCCGCCGAGGUCUUCGACUGGCCCGACGUGCAACAACUUCGCUCCAAGUACUCGGAGGGGAGCGGCCGUCAAGCGGCGAGCCGGAGUUCCUCCGUCCCGGAGCCAACGUUUGAUGUCGGGUCGAGGCGGCGUUCCUCGAGCGACGCGGCGCCUCGUCAGCCCAGUGCCACCGGGACCUCCGGCCGCCUCAAAUCGCACAAGGGGCUCCACAGGGCGCGUUCUCUGGACCCUCGGCUCGCGCUCAACGUUGCGGCCCGGGAAGCAGGAGAACGGUUCCCUCCGCAGCAGCUCCCGGUCACGGGGAAGCUUCCAGCGAAACCGGACGAGGCGGUCGUUGACGACGACGACGACGACGCUUACGUGGAGAUUCGCUCGCCGACCAGUCGGGAGAAGAUUUCCAUCUUGGCCGUCAUGGACCGUUGCCGGGCCUACCGGGACUCGGAGCAGUACAGACAGAGAAGCCAACUUGCUAAGACUCAGGACGGAGACGACCACAUCAAGAGCAGCGGAGACCACUUCCAAACCUCGACGGCUACUGGACAGCACAGUCUCGUGAAAAAUCUCAGAGAAAAGUUCCAGAAGCUUAACUCCUAAAACCGCUCACGCAGAGAGCCCUGUUGCAGCUUUUCUACUCGCGUGUUGAAUUGUCUGUCCAUGUACUAGUACACUCUUCGUCCUCACUCGCGCUUUUCUUUGACCCACCGGUAACACAAUUGACCCGUGUCAAGAAGCUUAAGGUCCAAGCGCUCGGACUCGGACCUCUUUGGCAUCCUUCGAGGACGACUCCGUCGGUCCUCGUGAUGGGCACGGCAGGAAUUGUUGCUCGUGAGGCGAAAGCUGAACGUUAACCGGCGCAUAUUCGACGGCUCAGUUGUCCACUCGUGUAGUUUUUUUGCCUUACGAGCAACAUGAAGUCAUUCCACCGCUUCGAGUGCGCUCCGAGGCUCGGUCGUGUGAUGUCACGUGACCGUCUGCCAGCCGUCUCCGUGGCAACAACAAACAAGUACUUCACUGCAUUUCAGGUGAUGACUUUGUUUGUUUUUCUUCUUUUAUACCACUUUGCCACUUCGGAGUAAUGUUUCAUGAAAAGUCGUCACGUUCUAAUUUAUGCACUCGAAUAUUUAUUGACCAAAUAAAACAGUGAGUGGCCUCCGG